CUCUCUAUCUCUCUCCUUCCCUCCCUUUCUCUUAUUAGAUUCGAAAUACCAAUAACGAUUAGCAAUUGACGAUUAACGAUGGCACAAACAACCCAACAACGACCAAUCGUGUUCUUCGACAUUAAUAUCGGGGAGACGCCUGCUGGGAGGAUGAAGAUGGAGUUGUUUAGUGAUGUCGUUCCCAAGACUUCGGAGAACUUUAGGCAGUUGUGUACUGGGGAGUAUAGGGUGAACUCGCGACCGCAAGGGUAUAAAGGAUCUAUAUUCCAUCGCGUGGUACCGAGUUUCAUGUGUCAAGGCGGCGACUUUGUCAAAGGAGACGGAACCGGUUCGUUCUCUAUCUACGGAGAUAAAUUCCCCGACGAGAACUUCACAAUGAAACACGACAAACCAGGAUUGUUAUCUAUGGCUAAUUCUGGACCGAAUACGAAUGGAUGUCAGUUCUUCAUCACGACAGAAAAAUGCGACUUCCUAGACGGGAAACACGUCGUGUUCGGGCGAGUGAUAGAUGGGAUGUUGACGUUACGGAAGAUUGAGAACGUACCGACUGGGCCGAAUAAUAGACCCAAGUUGGCUGUGAAGAUAGUCGAAUGCGGGGAGAUGUAGAGUCGCUGACGUAGGGAGGAAUAAAAUAUAUAUAACUGCUGUAUUUAUAUUUUUGCAUAUAUUCCAAAUUGC